AAGAGAUAAAUUAAAAAACGAAAAAGAUAAACUCAGAGAGGCUUACAGCCAGCCAUUUGUCGACUGGAGAAACCCAUCGCAGCUAAGAAGGAACACCGUCUUGCGGCUUUCAGGAGGGAGGAAAACCGCGAAAAUAUCCCAAAUAGAAGGUUCGGAAGUUCAAUCGUAGAUCCCACUUGAUAAUUGAUAAUUCUCUGUGAUUGAUAAUCGUAAUCCAGUGAGGUAUUGAAAUUUGAAGCCUGGAUUGGCCGGAGUGAAUGGGGAGCAAUAUGAACUUCAGGAACUUCGGAAACGAGCAGCCUGGGAGUUUCGGACUGGUGCGGCAAUCUUCAAUCUACUCGUUGACUUUUGAUGAGUUCCAAAGCACCAUGGCCAGUGGUGGGAUGGGGAAGGAUUUUGGGUCUAUGAACAUGGACGAGCUGUUAAAGAACAUUUGGAGUGCGGAGGAAAAUCAGACCAUUGUUGGAUCAGGCAGCGGUGGUGGAACCCUACAAAACGGUGCUCCCUUUGGACAUUUGCAGAGACAAGGUUCUCUAACAUUGCCGAGGACAAUUAGCCAGAAGACCGUUGAUGAGGUAUGGAAAGACAUAUUGAAGGAUUACUCUUCUGUUCCGAAAGACGGGAAUGUUGUUGUUGCUGGAGGCUGCUCAAGUAUGCCUAACAGACAGCAAACUUUGGGAGAGAUGACCCUUGAGGAGUUCUUAUCUAGAGCUGGAGUAGUGAGAGAAGAUACACAGAUGACUGGACAACCACAUAUGAAUAAUAGCAUCAAUAAUAAUAAUGGUGUGUUUAGUGAAAGUAUGUCACAAGCAGUAAACAGUACUGGGUUAGAGUUUGCAUUUCAGCCAGCUGGGCAGAAUGGGGGACUGAUGAGUAGUAGAAUUCUUGAAAAUAACAGUGAAAUUGGUAUCCAGUCUGCUAAUCUGUUGUUGCAUAUGAACGGUGGAGCUAAUAAUAGAAAUCCCUUACAACAUAACCGUGAGAUUGGUAUCCAUUCUGGUAAUAUGGUGUUGAGUAUGAAUGGUGGUGGGGCUAGUAGACCUUCUCAACCACUCCCACCACCACAAAAGCUUGAAGAGCAACACGAACAACAACAAAAGGUGAAACAGAAGUUACCGUUAUUUCCCAAGCAACCGCCGUUUGGCUAUGGUGGUCCAAUGACAAUCCCACCUAAUGGUCAAUUACACGGCAGCAAUGGACUAAGGGGGGAUCAGGUCAUGGGAGUUCCAGAUAAUGUUGUUAGUGCAAUAAACGGAAAUCUAAUUCAAGGAUUAGGAGUUGGGGGUAGAGGUGGGACCACUGUUGCUACAGGAUCUCCUGCUGCUUCAUCAGAUGGGCUCACGAGGAGUAAUGGGGAUAUGUCUUCUGUAUCACCAGUUCCUUAUACUCUGAAUGGAAGCUUGAGGGGUAGGAAAAACAGUGCAUUGGAGAAGGUUGUUGAGAGGAGACAGAGGAGGAUGAUUAAAAAUAGAGAGUCCGCUGCUAGGUCAAGGGCCAGGAAGCAGGCAUAUACUACAGACUUGGAGCAAGAAGUUGCAAAACUAAAAGAAGAAAACAAACAACUACGUAAGAAACAGGCAGAGAUGUUGGAAAUGCAGAAAGCUCAGGGUUUUGAGAUGAGUAAACUUCAGGGUGGAGCUAAAAGGCGAUGCCUAAGACGCACACAGACUGGUCCUUGGUAAAAAAACAAAAAAAUGGUGUACACAUUCGGAUGGCAAUGACUUGCCCAGAUACAUCAAAAUAGGGUUUAGGCAUUCGUAAAUAUGGAGCAGAACGUUAUAUACAUUGGCUGAACAAGAAGAGAGUUAUCCGUCCCUUUUCUGUAGAUACCUGCAGAAAUCAAAACAAAAGCUGGCAAUUAGUUGAUUUAAUGUGUAGAUAUUUAUCUAUGUGUAUUGGUAUGUUCUUAGACUAAAAGCUAUGUAGAAUUAGUUUUCUGUUUCAACGGCCUGUGCUUAUAUUAUUACUCCGUAUUACUUAUCACACGCUUUCAUAAGUCGAGUAGGAUUUCACUCGUCAGUGAUAUAUCAAGUAACGUAAAUACAGGGUUUGCAAAGUUUUUACUCCUACCCUUUUC